CGUCCCAGGAUACAGCGCGCAGUCGCGGGUGGGGGUUUGGGCUGAGGGUCUCGGCGGCUGCGGCGGUGGCGGCGGUGGCUGCUGGGGUCUGCUGGGGCUGCCGGCAGGACGGGCGCGGGCGCUGCCCCAGAGGCGAUGAUGGGCAAGGAGGAGGAGAUCGCGCGAAUCGCCCGGAGGCUGGACAAAAUGGUGACCAGGAAGAGCGCGCCAGACGCCAGUCAGUGUGGGCAGAUGGUAGAGAGGCUGGGAAGAGCCUGUGGCCUUUAUGAUGAGACCCCAGAGGAGGGCCAGCGCUGGCUGGCCUCUUGCUUGCCUGGCCUGAGCCUUGGAGGAGGGAGCCAUGGACCUGCUGCGGGAGCUGAAGGCCAUGCCUAUCACACUGCACCUGCUCCAGAUGUUUCUGAUGCUAAAACCAGGGAUCGAGGGAGGGACACAGCUCUACCCACAUCAUCCACAAAGAAUGCCUCAGAGGCCAUGGAUCCCAGCCGUAAGAGGCUGGAGCUGCCCAGAAUGCCAUCUACCCCAAGGAUCACCACGUUUCCUCCAGUGCCCAUUACUUGUAAUGCUGUACGUAACAAGUGCCGUGAGAUGCUAACCACUGCCCUGCAAACAGACCACGACCAUGUGGCAGUCGGUGCAGACUGUGAGCGUCUGUCGGCUCAGAUCGAGGAGUGCAUCUUCCGGGAUGUGGGAAACACAGACAUGAAGUACAAGAACCGAGUGAGGAGCCGCAUCUCCAACCUGAAGGAUGCCAAGAACCCAGAGCUUCGGAGAAACGUACUGUGUGGCACCAUAACUCCCCAGCAGAUUGCGGUGAUGACAUCGGAGGAGAUGGCAAGUGAUGAGCUAAAGGAGAUCCGUAAGGCCAUGACCAAGGAGGCCAUCCGGGAGCACCAGAUGGCCCGCACAGGUGGCACACAGACAGACUUGUUCACCUGUGGCAAGUGCAGAAAGAAGAACUGCACCUACACACAGGUGCAGACCCGCAGUUCUGAUGAGCCCAUGACCACCUUCGUUGUCUGCAAUGAGUGUGGCAACCGCUGGAAGGGCCACAGUUGGAUGCCUCUCCCUGCCUUCCUGCAGUUCUGCUAAGCCCUCAUGCAGAUGUGCUGCAGCCCCAGGCCAGGCCAUGGCCUCCCACAUUCCUGGACACAGCUUCUCUGGAGACCCCCAGAAGGUGGCAUGCUUGCUCUAGCUUGCCUGCUUGGCAUGUACUGUUCUGCCUUUUGCCCUUAUUAUUAAAUGUUUUGUUUUGCCA